AUGGACAGCCAGACAGAGCAAGACAUCGAGUCAGAGCAGAGAGUAGCCCACCAUGGGAGGACAUCGAGGGACAGUCUUUUCUCCACAGGUUCUCAGACUCUACGUAGUUUCAUAGAGCUGCGUUUCGUGUUGGAGCCGCAGGACGUGGUAACAAUACGAGGUGGUGUGCUACAGCUGGACUGCCAGGCGCGAUCUGACCGUGGUCUUCCCUCCAUCUCGUGGAAGAAGGAUGGCGUGCUGCUGAGCUCGGUGGUGGACGAGCGGAGGCAGCAGCUGGGCAAUGGAUCACUUUUAGUGCAGAAUGUGGUGCACUCGCGUCAUCACCGACCUGAUGAGGGAGCCUACCAGUGUUUGGCCACUCUGGAGGGGGUGGGGGCCAUCGUCAGCCGUACAGCCAAGGUCACCGUUGCUGGUCCUUUACGUGUGGUGGUCCCCACUGAGUCGGUCUCAUCCUACAUGGGCGACACGGCGUUGCUGCGCUGCGAGGUGACAGGCGAGCCCAUGCCUGUAGUGCGCUGGCAAAAGAACCGUGACGAGCUGCCCUUGACCUUUGACCCCGAGAGCAGGGUGGUGGUGUUGCCCUCCGGCUCGCUGCAGGUCAGCAAGGUGCAGCCGCCUGACGCUGCCACCUACCGCUGCCUGGCCGAGAACCCAGGGAGCGCUCGCACAGGCACGGACGCCGACCUGAGGGUAUUACCGGAGCCUGGAGUAGUGAGGAAUCUGGUCUUCCUCCAGAGACCCGUGAAGGUCACGGCUCUACAGGGCAGAGACGCCGUGCUGGAAUGUUCCGCCUCCGGCUACCCGACCCCCUCCUUCUACUGGAUGAGAGGCAGUGAGAUUAUCCAAAUCAGAUCGAGGAAGUACUCGCUACUCGGCGGCAGCAACCUGCUAAUCAGCAGCGUCACGGACGACGACUCGGGCGCGUACAGCUGCGUAGCGUAUAACAAAAACGAGAACAUCACUUCUUCCUGUGAGCUCUCCGUGCUAGUGCCACCGCAGUUCUUGAACUACCCGUCCAACACGUACGCAUACGAGAGCUCGGAUAUCGAGAUGGAGUGUGCGGUGACGGGUAACCCUCAGCCCACCGUGCGCUGGAUGAAGAACGGAGAGGCAGUCAUCCCCAGCGACUACUUCCAGAUCGUGGAUGGUGGGAACCUUCAGAUUUUGGGCCUGGUGCGUUCAGAUGAAGGAUUCUACCAGUGUGUGGCAGAGAACGAGGCAGGCAACAACCUGGCAAUGGCCCAACUUAUACUCCUCGAGCUUGUUGUCCCGAGCUCAGGCGUCCUCCCCUCCUUCCCCCGGGAUGUGACCCCUGUGCUUGUGUCCAGCCGCUUUGUGCGCCUCUCAUGGCGCCCCCCAGUGGAGACACGUGGUACCAUCAUCACCUACGGCGUCUUCUACACGCAGGAGGGCAUCAACAGAGAGCGGUCGGUGAACGCGACAGAACCGGAGAGUCUCCAGUUGACGGUGAACAAUCUGAAGCCCGAGGCGGUUUAUAUCUUCAGGGUGGUGGCAUACAACGAGCUGGGGCCAGGAGAGAGCUCUGAGCAAAUCCGGCUCUCCACACAGCCUGAACUGCAGGUCCCUGGUCCUGUGGAGAACCUCCAAGCCGAGGCCAUGUCCCCGACCUCCAUCCAGGCCUCUUGGGAUCCUCCGGCAUACGCCAACGGCCCCAUCCAAGGCUACCGGCUCCUCUGGACCGAAACCUCCAGUGGCAAAGAGCAGAGCAUAGAGGUGCUUGGGCAAAGCUACAAAAUGGAAGGACUGAAGAAGUUUACAGAAUAUUCUUUACGUGUCCUGGCACUGAACCGCCACGGCCCGGGCAUCUCCACAGACGAUAUGUUCAUCACGACCUUCUCUGAUGUUCCGAGCGCUCCUCCCCAGAACAUCUCUCUAGAAGUGAUCUACUCGCGGAGUAUUAAAGUGAGCUGGCAGCCUCCUCCGGCCAACGCGCAGAACGGCUUCGUCACAGGCUACAAGAUCCGUUACCGUAAAACGGGCCGGCGAGGAGAGCAGGAGGCCAUCGAACCCAACAACCUGUGGUAUCUGUUCACAGGGCUGGAAAAAGGCAGUCAGUACAGCUUUCAAGUGGCGGCCAUGACGGUCAAUGGCACAGGCCCUAACUGCGAAUGGUACACUGCUGAAACGCCAGAAAACGACCUUGAUGAGACCCAGGUUCCGAACCAGCCAAGCUCGCUGCACGUCCGUCCCCUUCCCAACAGCAUCAUCAUGAGCUGGACGCCCCCACUGAACCCCAACAUAUUGGUGAGGGGUUACAUCAUUGGCUAUGGCGUGGGGAGUCCCUAUGCUGACACAGUGCGAGUGGACAGCAAGCAGCGCUACUACUCCAUUGAAAACUUAGAGCCCAGCUCCCAUUACGUGAUCUCGCUAAAGGCCUUCAAUAAUGCAGGAGAAGGUGUGCCGCUGUAUGAGAGCGCUGUCACCAGAUCCAUGUCAGAUACGUCCACUCCCAUGAUCCCCCCUGUAGGCGUGCAGGCUGUGGCUCUCUCCUCGGACUCGGUCAGGGUGAGCUGGGCCGAUAACUCCAUGAGCAAAAACCAGAAGAGCAGCGAAACGCGCUAUUACUCCGUCAAAUGGAGGGGCAGUCACUCCAGCAGCAGCAAGUACAAGUCUGCAGACACCACCGGACUGAGUCACACGGUAACGGGUCUGAAGCCAAACACCAUGUACGAGUUUGCCGUCAUGGUGACGAAAGGCCGCAAGUCGAGCACGUGGAGCAUGACGGCACACGCCACCACGUAUGAAGCAGCGCCGAGCUCCGCCCCGAAGGACCUGACGGUGAUCGGUCGAGAGGGUCGUCCCAGGUCGAUUCUCAUCAGCUGGCAGCCGCCGCUCGAAGCUAACGGCAAGAUCACAGGUUAUAUCGUGUACUACACAUUGGAUAAGAACAUGGCCAUCGAUGACUGGGUGAUGGAGCCCAUUAGUGGAGACAGGCUCACCCACCAAGUCAUGGAUCUGAAUCUCGACACCGUCUACUAUUUCCGCAUCCAGGCCAAAAACGCCAAGGGGGUGGGGCCUCUCUCUGAGCCCGUCCAAUACAAGACGUCCAAAGUCGAACAUCCGGACAAGAUGGCCAACGACCAAGGUCGUCAUGGAGACAGUAGCUACUGGCCUUCGGACAAUAACCUGAUUGACAGGAGCAGCCUGAAUGAGCCACCCAUCGGUCAGAUGCGGCCGCCGCACGGCAGCGUGACUCCUCAGAAGAACAGCAACCUGCUGGUGAUCAUCGUGGUGUCUGUGGGCGCCGUCACCGUUGUCGUCGUAGUCAUCGUGGCUCUCAUUUGCACACGCCGAUCCUCUGCACAACAAAGGAAAAAGCGUGCCACGCACAGUGCUGGGAAAAGGAAAGGAAGUCAGAAAGACCUGCGACCUCCUGACCUGUGGAUCCACCAUGAGGAGAUGGAGCUGAAGAACAUCGAGAAACCAUCCAGCUCCGCCCCGUCCGGCCGAGAAUCACCGAUCCAGAGCUGCCAAGAGAUUGCCCCCGUCAGCCACAGCCAAUCAGAGAGCCAGAUGGGCAGCAAGAGUAGCCACUCAGGUGGUGAUGCAGAUGAAGUGUCCAGCGGCAUAUCCACUCUAGACCGCUCCCUAGCUACACGGAGAGCGACUCGCUCGAAGAUGAUGAUCCCGAUGGAGUCUCAGCCCAGCAAUACACCGGUGGUCAGUGCCAUCCCGGUUCCAACACUGGAGAGCAGUCAGUACCCGGGCAUCCUGCCUUCUCCGACAUGUGGCUACACCCCUCACUCGAAAUUCACCCUCAGGCCGAUGCCCUUUUCCACGCUCACUGUGGACCGAGGCUACGCCGCAGCCAUAACCACAGAGACCCCCCAGCCUCAGGCAUCUCUGAUCCCCACCGUUCAGCCCGAAGCGUCGGGAGCAGAGGAGCUCCCGAGCCGCUCCAUUCCCACAGCGUGCGUCAGACCCACACACCCCCUGCGUAGCUUCACCAACCCUCUCCUGCCCCCACCUAUGGGCACCAUCGAGCCCAAAAUCUACACUCCCAUGAUGCCACAGCCAGGUGGCAGUCUCCCUAAACCCCAAGUCAAGACAGCUUCGUUAGGACAGGCUGGGAAAGCCAGAUCACCGCUACUUCCUGUCUCCGUUCCGACAGCACCCGAAACCGCAGAGGAAGGGCAGAAACCAGCAGAAGACCCCGCAAGUGUAUAUGAGCAGGACGACCUGAGCGAACAGAUGGCCAGUCUAGAGGGACUGAUGAAGCAGCUGAACGCCAUCACCGGCUCGGCAUUUUAACGUCGGGGACGCAUCGGCGGGAGCUGUGAUCUAGCGGCGGGACGGCACGCCAUGAACCGGGCCACCCACCUGUGACUUUUCAGACUCUCUGGUGUCCCGUAUCCCUCUGCUCUGGCCUUUAUUCCACUCAUGCGUUCAUCGGCGAAAAACCCUGCGAUGAAACAACAAAAAAAAAAGAAAUAAAAAGAAGGGAAAUCAAUCAAUCAAUCAAUCAAUCAAUCAAUCACACGCAAGACUCGUAGAAAGGCACUGUUUUUAAAGACGGAGCUCCAUUUAGAGCUGGGCCACCUCGAGAGGAUUCCUUCACCAACGUUUUCCGUCUUUCCUUUGGUCUUUUCCCCUCGCGUUUGCAGCUUUGGCGAAUAUAAAUAUCACGGAGAAGACCGGGUUCCGAAAAUGACACGCCGUUUUCCUCAGGUCCAUCUCUCUGCUGCGCCGUCGCUCCA